AUGUCAGAGUGUGCGUCCCCACAUCAUGCGAGAAAGGACACCCCGGUUCAGCGCUUCUUCGCCGACGAGGUGUCCAUCGCGGCCGACCUGUUCGACCUCGCUGCCCCACCCCUGCAGCAACCACUGGUGGCACGCCUUGUGCCAACCCACGCAGCGCUUCCAACGCUUGACCUCCGCCAAGACAGCGGAAAUGUCGUCGUUGGCCGGGGAAAGAACAUCGCCGAGGACUACCGCAUUGACACCAGCGACAAGCUCUCCGCGCGGCACUGCGAACUGAUCGUGGAUCCGGUGACACUACGCGUAGAGCUGCGCGACUUGUCGACCAACGGGACAUUCCUGAACGGCAGGCGCCUCGCAAAGGGGGAGCGGGUCGCGCUGCAGAAUGGUGACCGAGUGGAACUGACGCGUCCAGUAGACAGCGGCGAUGACGAGCAGGCACUCGGCGUCGUUGUGAAUGACAUGGCCGCCAACGGCCAAGCCAAGUUUAUAUUUCAACGCCUGAAGCAAGAGACCACGCAAGCCCGCAUGAGCGAGGAGCUGACAUGCUCCCUUUGCCGAUCAAUUUUUCACCGACCGUGCUCCGUGCUGCCGUGCAUGCACGUCUUCUGUGCUGGGUGCAUCAGCGUCUGGAUAGCGCAGGGACAACAACACACCUGCCCCGAGUGCCACGAGAACAUCACUGGCAUUCACCCCACCCAUCGCCUACAGAUCCGUGCGGAGAACUUUCUACUCUCAGACCUGGCCAGCCGCCGCACGUCAGAGGAACUCGCCCAACUGGACGCCGCAGACACGAUUCCUCUGUCGGGCAUGAGUAUUGGGAAGCGCAGUCGCAGCGACGAUGACGACGACGAUAGCGAGCAUCAACUCCACCACGACUGCGGAAGCGACACCGCUCUUGCGGUGCGCCACGCGGCGCUGACCUUCGGACACGCCGUGCCCCUCGCCGGUCCGCAAUGCUCUGAGUGCCGCACACCGAGUCCCAUCGACGGCUUUCAGUGCCCAAUCGGUGGCCCCCACCUUCGCUGCUCAGCGUGUGCCUGCGGCUUCGCCGCUCGCCCGCUGUGUGGUCGACCGCAGCGCUGUCAUGUUUGCAACUUCGCCUUCUGUCACCUCUACCGUGCAGGUGGUUGUGAGCGCAACGACGUGAUGCCAUUCAUGCCCUUCAAGGAACACAAACCCUUGAGUGUGUUGCCGCCGCAGACGUUUAACGGCAACACGAUCGAGCAGGGCAUUCUUUCCACCUACCUAGCCACACGCCGUAUUCUUCUCCAGGACGUGUGGUCGGCGGCACUGACCAAGCUGGAGGCUGGGGAGUGGGUCCCCGACAUGGUGCUGAUCAACGGCGCUAUUAAGGCAGACUCGCCGGUGUGCCAGCGGUGUGUGGCGACGGUGUUUGCGAGGCUUCUCUUCGACUACCGCCGUCACAUCGCCCCUCAUGAGCUGUCGGAGUCAGUGACAAACCGGCCAAACUGCUGGUACGGUAAGGAGUGCCGCAUGCAGUUCCACAAGCACCAGCACGCCCAAAACUUUAACCACGUCUGCUACCAGGAGAAGCGCAAGGAGUAG